GAAAUACAAUUAUUCUUCUAACAAAAAAUUUGUCCACAUAAGACUUGAUUGAGAGAGUUAGCGAAAAUUAAUAGAAGACAAUUUCAAAUCUCAAUUUUGAACGAGUUGUGUGAAAGUUUAAAAGACUUAUGGAUUCUGCAUUUGGGAUCUUCUCUUUUUAAGCCAUUUUCGAUUUGCCUUAAAAGAUGGAGAAUAUGGAAGAGAAGAUUGAGGGUAGUCUCCAAUUCGCACCGAAGGAAUUGCUUCAGUGGAGCCAAUGGCAGUUGCUUGAUUCUGUUCUUCCUACUGGUGGUUUUGCUCAUUCUUUUGGCGUUGAGGCUGCUAUUCAAGCCCGGUUAGUCUCUGGGCCCGAAGAUCUUCGAACAUUUGUGAUCCAUAUACUAGAGAAUACAGGAAGCCUAUUGCUUCCUUUUGUCUAUACUUUGAAUACAUCUCCUAAUGUUGAAACAUGGUAUAAACUUGAUAAAAUAUUGGAUGCGACACUGACGAAUGAAGUUAGUAGGAAAGCAUCUAUUUCACAAGGAUCGGCACUUUUGAGAGUGGCUGCUGCUGUGUUCCAGGAAGUUCCUUAUUUUAAAACUAUGCGAGAAGUGUCUUUGGCUAGUGGAGCUGUCCGUUUCCACCAUGCUCCUAUUUUUGGACUUGUCUGUGGGCUUCUCGGAUUGAAUGCUGAAACUUCGCAAAAGGCUUACUUGUUUAUAACGAUGAGAGAUGUUGUUUCUGCUGCAACAAGGCUCAAUUUGGUUGGACCACUAGGUGCAGCUGUCUUGCAGCAUCAGCUUGCUGCAAAUGCAGAAGAUUUAUCAAAGAAAUGGAUGAACCGUCCUGUAGAGGAAGCAUGUCAGACUAGUCCUUUGCUUGACACUAUCCAGGGUUGUCAUGGUUAUUUGUUCUCCAGGCUUUUUUGCUCUUGAGUGGUGGAACCGAAGAUUCAAGAUACGGGAGUUGGUGGAUGAGAAAGUACCUUUGCCAAGCUUGUGCUUUCGUCUGUUUGAAUUCGUUUCUGAUCAGGAUGUUGAUUGUAACAGGUACCAGAAAUUGUAUCAGAAGAAAUUCUUGCAAAAAUGAGUGCACCACCUAAAAGUGAUGCACCAAUAAUUACAAGUGAUGAACUUGCUGAAGGUGAUGGAUUUGUAUUUGGAUUUCCAACUAGAUUUGGAAUGAUGGGUGCUCAAUUUAAGGCAUUUCUUGAUUCUACUGGAGGUUUGUGGAGAACACAACAACUUGCAGGCAAACCAGCAGGCAUUUUCUUGAGUACUGGCUCUCGAGGAGCUGCCCAAACGAGAGUAACAAUUUAACUGUAACAAAAAAUGUGUUAUUAUUUUUACGGGUUGACAGCGAUAACACAACUUGUACAUCAUGGAAUGUUGUUUGUACCAACUGGCUAUUCAUUUGGAGCAGGAAUGUUUGAGAUGGAGAAUAUUAAAGGUGGAAGUCCCUAUGGUUUUGGAACUUUUGCUGGUGAUGGUUCUAGACAACCAACACAACUUGAAUUGGAACAAGCAUUUCAUCAAGGCAAGUACGUUGCCACAAUCACAAAAUAACUCUAAGGCUCUACUUAAUAUUUCACUUUUUGCGACUCUACGACGAAAGGCAGACUGAUGAGGGCGGGUUAAGAAUUUCAGAAAGGAGAAAUAUGUUGCACUUUUUCUUUCUUUGUUUUUUUUUUAAAAAAAAUAUGUGAUUCACUUAAAAUAAUAUCUUCUUGAUUUGGAUUCAA